AACGUGUUUCCUUCUGAUGCUUAACACUGGAGAAAUGCACGCGCUUUGUGUUAUCCCGCGUGGAAUGACUGCCUGAUGUCCAUCAACAUUCACUAUUAACAACAGGAAGCAAUAGUAUUCUAGAACGACCUUUUCAUUUGCAGAUGUGAAGUGUGUGUUUAGUUUACCAAACUUAAUAGCCUCUCAAGGCACUGUGCCGUGUUUGUGUUUCUCUGACUCUUCCACCCCCUCCUCCCUGUCUCUCCGGAUUGAUAUCCUAUGAAAAGGGCUUUUUGAAUUUGAGUUGCAGCCGCCAUGCUGGGAAAGACAAACUUGCUACUCAUUUGCAGCACGUCCUGAACUCAAAGCUUACCUUACCCAGGUCCAGAGAAAGGCGAGUUUCUCCUAAAAAAGGAAACUUUCUGUGGUCAGAUGAGGGUCCUGUGAACUAACUCAGGAAGUGAGUAGGGAGAAGAGAUUGAGGGCUUUCAUCAACUGCAUUGUGCCAGUUAAAAUCUACAUCAAAACAAAAAGGCACUUGAGAAUCCUGUGCUAAUUUUGAGGGUCUACUCUAAUCUUGAACAUCCUGUUUGAAGACAGAAGAGCAAAACUAGCAAACCUAUGAACUGAGUAUUUUCACAACUGGGACUAUGACAGGCAGAGGAAACAUAACAGUUUCUAAGGUACCAGAGGCAAAUAUGGCCCUAAGUGUUCUCAGCAUAUUCUUGGGGUUACUUCUUGAAGUUUCGACACACGGACCUACGGGAAUACCCAGGACUUCUUGGAAGCAUCAAGAGGUAAAUCUGAUUCAGUUUGCUGAAACAGGAAUAUUCAACUAUUCUGUAUUAUUGCUAAAUGAAGAUACAAAUGUAUUAUAUGUGGGAGCAAGAGAAGCCAUAUUUGAAUUGGACAUGAAAAAUAUUUCUGUCAAAACAAAUGAGGUUUUCUGGAAAGUUCCUGAAGAAAAGCAAACUGCUUGUGUAUUGAAAGGCAAAUCUAGAGAGACCGAGUGCCUUAACUACAUACGAGUCUUGCAAGUACUGAACGAUGCCAGCCUCUAUGUUUGUGGAACAUAUGCAUUUCAGCCCACGUGUGAUUACCUGUCUCUGCAGGAUUUUGAAUUGGAAAAUAAAAAUGAAGAUGGAAGAGGGAGAUGUUCAUUUGAUCCAGCUCAAAGCUUCACAUCAGUGAUGGUUGAUGGAGACCUUUACUCUGGAACGGCUUUCAACUUUUUAGGAAGUGAACCAAUUAUUCACAGAAGCUCUCCACAGGUGUCCUUGCGGACAGAAUAUUCAAUAUCUUGGUUGAAUGAGCCCAGUUUUGUUUUUGCUGAUGUGAUCCGAGAGAGUAAAAACAGCCCAGAUGGUGAUGAUGACAAGAUCUACUUUUUCUUUACGGAGGUUUCCGUGGAAUAUGAAUUUGUUGGCAAGCUCUCUAUUCCCAGGAUCGCCCGAGUCUGCAAGGGUGAUUUAGGAGGACAAAGGACCUUACAGAAGAAAUGGACGUCCUUCCUCAAGGCCAAACUUGUCUGUUCCAUGCCGGAGUUAAACUUUGUCUUCAACGUCGUUCAUGAUGUUUUUAUUUUGAAAACGCCAGACUGGAAGGAGACUGUCAUUUAUGGUGUGUUCACUUCCCAGUGGGGAAAUAUUGGAUUAUCUGCAGUCUGUGCGUACAACAUGUCUACUAUAGAUGAAGUUUUCUCGAAAGGAAAGUACAUGCAAAAGGCCUCUGUUGAACAGUCUCAUACAAAGUGGGUGAGAUUCAAUGCCAUGCCUCCCAGUCCUCGCCCUGGAGCGUGUAUAAACAACAUUGACCGGUUACAGAACAUAAGCGACUCUCUCCGACUGCCCGACAAAACACUGCAGUUUAUCAAAGAUCACCCUCUGAUGGACGAUCAGGUGCUGCCAAUUGGGAAUGGACCAAAACUAAUAAGAAGGGAUGUGAACUACACACAGAUUGUAGUGGACAGAGUCCGAGCACUUGACAACAAUGUUUACGAUGUUAUUUUUACAAGCACUGAUAAAGGAGUCUUACACAAAGCCAUCAUUUAUGACAAUGAAGUACAUGUUGUUGAAGAAAUACAACUGUUCACAAAUUUUGAACCAAUUAAGACAUUGCUUCUAUCAUCUCAGGGGAAGAAGUCCUUGUAUGCUGGUUCAGAUGCUGGAGUUGUUCAGUCACCAACUGCAUUUUGUGAAAAGUACAUGUCUUGUACAGACUGCAUUUUAGCCCGGGACCCCUACUGUGCCUGGGACUCUGAAGGCAACUAUUGUGUGGUCCAAGACCAUGAGAGCCGAAAAAGUAACCUUAUACAGAACUUAAAUGGAGAUGCAAAUGUCUGUCCACCAGUAAAAUAUGUAUCCAGUGACGACUACCAGAAGAUUAUUGUAAAGCCUGGAAAUGCAGCCGAACUCCAGUGCCAGCUCAAGUCCAAUCUAGCCAAAGUAGUUUGGAAGUUGAAUGGCACCAUUCUGUCUGUUGAAGACUCCAAGUAUCACCUGCUAAGAGGUGACAGUCUGCUCAUUUUGAGUAUCUCUGAACAGGACCUGGGUAACUAUGAAUGCUGGUCAGAAGAGCAAGUGAAAAGCAGUAGCUUUGCCCAACUGGUGGCUGGUUUUGUCUUAAGCUUAGACUUGAUUAUACCAUCUACAACAUCAGACCCUACCACCACUGCCACCACAACCACCACCCCCCUCAAUCCUGUGAUCCAAACAGAAGCCUCUCCCUUGCCUUUCUUUCCUGUUGACUCUUCAUCCUUGUCUUCUGUUGGGACCGAUCCUCCUCUUUCACCCACUACUCCCCCACCUGAGCUUGGGUCUAGUGCAGAGAGUUCAGUAGUCCGGUUGUUGCCACCUUUGUUAAGUGACCAGGCACAGACUGUUCAUAGCCACGGAACAUUCCACCUCUUCUGUCAAGCCACUGGCCCCAGUGAUCUCCACAUUGAAUGGGAGAAGAAUGGAGAGAAGUUAGAACACUCUAUUACAGAGCAAAAACACCUGCUGCUCAGUGGAAGAGUGCACUUGAUCAGCUGGGUAAGGGACACGUUAUUAUAUGAUGCCCAGUAUAAAUGUGCAGCCUCAACGCGAGCAAGAAACGAAACAUCCAAAGUCCUAAUCCUUUUGGGAAGUAAAGAUGCAGCCAUGGAAAAUAGCUGGUCAAGAGAAUUCAGUAAAUGGAGAAGUUCCCUAAGUGACCAUGAGAAACUGAUACAGAGUUGGGAGAAAGCAUGGGAAAGCUGUGACCAGGAUGAUAUUGUAUAGUGCUCUCAACAAAUUCCAACAGAACUGGAAGAGCAAAAAAAAAAAAAUAAUAAGAAAGAAAAACACCAGCAAGUUAACUCUUUCAACACUGCAGACCUCUAGAGAGGACACAGAGAAAUGACUCAACAGACACCAGCUAGCUGUCUUCCGUAUGCCCCUAUUUACUGUAUGUUUUACUUGUUUCCAUUUCAGAAACCCAAACUAUUUGAUUAGUUAUGGUUGGGUUGUCUUUUAUAGCUUCUUUGUGGAAAGAGUUUAAAAACAGUUGGUUUGGAGACCAGUCUAGCAAUGCAAAGUGCCUGCCAUCAGCUGAUAUUUUGUUAUUUGUACCACAUAAGCAGAUAUUUGCUCUGGUCUCUACAUUUACCAAAAACCUGUAUAAUGGGUGUAUUUGCACAAAUUGUAUGACCUGUUGCACGUGCUUAACUUGAGUGAAGUUGUAAGGGGAUGUUCAUCAUAGUGCAGCUGUGGAUUAAUUAAGUCCAUUAAUUGGACUAGCCAAGGUUAAAUGUGUAAAAUCUUAGGGACAGUACUUUUAAAGGGAGUUUACACAAGCUCAGGAGGCCACCUACUGUAGAUCUCUUAAUGCUCCUGGUCUAGUCGAGCCUGAAUGCCGUCCCUCUACUUUUUUUCUAUAGGCAGAACCUUGACUUAAGAAUUAACUUAAGAGUCUUUACCGAUUUGUAAUGAAAAUGCUUAUAGGGCCCGAUCAGUCUAAUUUUGGUGCCUGGGCACCAAUGAAGCGAUCUGCUUUCCGUGGGGAAAUACAAUUAGUCUUUCCAUUGAAUAGUCACUAGGAACAAAAAUAAAUCCAUGUCCGAUUCCUUACAUACCCGUUUUGAUGGUACACUCUGAAUUGGAGUCUCUGGUAACAGGCGCGUAUUUGAAAUGUUUGCAGAGGACGGGACGUGAUAUUCUUAACCAAUAAUAGUCGUAAUGGUAAUGGUCCUGGCCGUUAAUGCUCUGGCUGGGAGAGUCGAAGGCCCAAGGCAUAAGUUUUUUCUUAACAAACAAACCAAACAUUUACAAAUCUAAAUACAGUUUAUUUUUUAAUUGAUUUGACAGGGAAAAUAUUUGAGACAGUUGUGCUUAGUCUGUUUUUUCAAAAAGAAAAGUUAGUUUUAAAUAGGUAAAUCUAACAAAAGGAUUCUAUAACUAACAGCAUUAUUAAACAAAUGUAUUUAUUCUUUAAAAGAAAGGAAUUAAAUUAGUAAUUUAAAUAUCUGAGUUAUUUAUUUUGUAAAGUUCCUUUUUUUUAAGUUUAUUUAUUUCAAGUUGAAUUACAGGUUUCCUGUGAAAGUGCAGUUUUGAAACAUAGUGGGUAUGGUCAUGGCUGAGAUUUCUGAGAAUGGAGCAAAGCAUUGGGCUUCGGUUUUUGAAUGUGCUUUUGCAAGCUUGCAGUCUGUUGGAAGGUUUGCUGCUGAUUUUUAACUAUUGACGGCUAGUGGACAUCAAUAAUUGCAGGAGGUAAGACAUUGGAAAGAUGUGAAGACCAUUCUCGUUUGUUGGCUAGAGAUGAAGCCAGUAUUUUAUUUUUUUGUAUAGAGGACUCGUUUUUGUGACCUGUUAUAGCGUUAGGUUAUUAUCAUAACUCUGGUUCCCUGAAAUAGAACUGUAACCAUUACCUCGUGGGUAUUAAUCCUUUGAUAUUCCAAAGCUGCAUGUAGUGCCCGUGUUGCAGUCGUGCCUGCCCCUGAGGGCACAGAAGAGACUGCAGUCAAUGAAAACUUCAUCAUUUUUUCCUCAAGACUGCUGAAAAAGACGCAGCGACCUUGAAGGUUAAUGGUUACUUUCCUAUUUCGGGGAACCAGGGUUAUGAUAAUAACCUAAUGUUCCCUUUCAAGUACAAAAUGUAACCAUUACCUCAUGGGUAGACAUACCAAAGCUGUCGCAAGGAAUAUUGCAGACCAAGUGAAAAGCUACAAGACUCAGCCACUUUGUGCAUUACCAUGAGGAACCCAGUACAAGUAACAGGGCUAAAAAAUUGAGGGGAACUCACUUCUAAUUUUAUGCUGCAAGGGUCGAGCUCGAGGCCGUCCUUAACACUCUUGUUCCAAAACUUCUGCCUCAUGCAGGCUGUACAGUGUUCCCAAAGAAUGUGAAGCAGCAGGUGCUGUAGCCGGGUGACUCCAGGGUGAAUGCACCUCAAAGAGGAGUACCGGAGGAGACACUCGAGGGGGAAACGGGAUCAUCCUCAAAAACUGAGUGUUUUCAUUUGUCAUCUACAGGCCAUGGAACACUCAAAACAACUCUGGCCCUUUUUAUCAGUGGCAAAAGCUCAGCUGAUAAUGCCACAUGCACUACUGGUGUUGCGCCAUCUGAGUCACCCUUCUCAGAGGGGGAACUCUUGAUCAACUGCCUCCUUAGAAGCAGCGAUAGACAGCAGAUCCUCUUGCUGCCACUCUGCAUGUACUCCUCCCUGUGACUGUAAUGGUGCAAAGGGAGCUGGUGAAGCAGUGCUGUCGCACAACAGCUCCACUAACAUGUUUCCCUGUUGAGAGACCACCUCCCAGUGCUUAUCCAACUGCUCAGAGCUCUCUGAUCUAUGAGACUGGUGGCUCUUUCUCUUGAUGAGGAAGACCAUGAAACAGGUCUCCUACGUGAUGAUCUCCUAUCUUCCCUAGGCUCAUGAGAGGAUACAGCUCUCUCCUUCUGAGCUGAGGAGGGGGAGCCUUGUCCAAGUGGAACGGACAGAAAACGCUCUCUAGAACUGCGUGGCACUCUUUUCUAAUAUACACAUUAGAGAAGGACGCACAAAACUCACAACAAUUGUGGUCGGCGAGUGCCUCUUUAGCAUGCUCCGGACCCAGACAAGCAGUGCGUCUGCCAUGCCUGUCCAAUAAGUGAUAUGACACAAGCGAACGAUCAGAUAUAACACUGGGUACUUAUCUGUUCGUAAAAUGAUGACGUUUUGAGUGACUGCAGUCUCUUUCAUGCCCUCAGGGGCGGGCACGACUGCGUUACAGGUACUACGUGCAGCUUUGGAAUAUCAAUUCAUCUUAGACGGUAUCAAAGGAUUAAUACCCAUGAGGUAAUAGUUACAUUUCGUACUUGAAAGGUAACCAUUAUUUCAUGGGUUUGUUGUGGUUCUUACAGUUGACAGUUAUACUAGAUGUUCUUUUUGGUGGAUUGAUACCUUGCUGUACUUUAUCGUGAUGGCUGUGUGGACAUUCUGAGGGCAUUUCCUGGCCAUUAAUGCCCUCUAAAGCAACCAAUCAGAAGACAGCAUUCCCGUUCUAUUCAUCUGACAGGUUUAUAAUAAUAUUAUACAGGGCAUCGCGGUGGUUGAAGUUCUGCGCUGAUGAUGACCUCAUAAUCAAAAGGAAUAAAACAUGCAUGAUAAAAAUAGCCAUAAAAUAACCAAACCACCAAAGACAACCUUUACCUGCUAGAGGCUUUCAAAACAAGCCAAAUCUGGCUAGAAAAUCACCUACCUGCAAGCACUAAGUCAAAUACGAGAUGCAUGCAUUACCUAUUAAAUGUUUUUGAAAAAUCUAUAAUUUAAAUUGGCAUUCCGGUACUUUAAAAUGUAGGACUACACCACUGCUUAACACCAUGUGCAAUGUGAUAAAAAGCCAUGGCUACAGCAAACUCUGCAAAGUGUAAACCGAUGAUGAUGUGUGCUCCAUUUGUUCCAAUAUCAGUACAAUAAAAUGUAUGUUAUGUUGCAGCUAUUUACCACACAUGGGUUGUUAUAGCUAACAUAUUUUUUCUUCCAUGUAAUUUAAUUGAAUUUAAUGUAACAGCUUCACCUUCCCAAUCCACAGCUUUAUUUAUUUUUGACUUUAUAAGAGAAAUACAUGUACGUAAUUGUCUUCAAUAUAUUGUACAGUUUUUGCUGCUGUUUCUAUGUACUUGAAAGUCUAAAUGCUAAAUACUGUAUAUUCUUAACCAAGGUGGCCUUUAUUCUGUAUAUCUAAUAAUGUACACUUAGUUCAUAUGUAUUUGAAACUGAUAAAAUAGCAAAUGUUUCUUUAGAAAUAAUUUUGAUUAUUGGGGUUUUAUAUAGAUACUUGUACUAUUAAAGCACUUAACACUAUGAAUUUAAAAACAAAUAUAAUAAAUACAUUUUUGAAAAAAGUAAAUAA